AUGUCAUCAAUAUUUCAGGCAGAUAUAAUUGAAGAUUAUAAACAACUUUAUGAAUCUGAAGAAGAAGGCACUGAAAUUGUCAAAAUUUUAAAUGCUGCCGACGAACUUGGACUUAUAAAACUUAUUGAAUUUAUUCAGGAAUAUUUGAUUAUGAAUAAGAUUAAAAUUUUACGUCAAAAUCCAGCUAUUAUUUGUCCUAUUUCACAUCAAGAAUGUGAUAAUGAAGGGCCUAAUAUUGUGGUAGCCAAGAUUAAAGAUUCUCAACGGUUGAUUGGUGGUUAUAAUCCACUUGAUUGGAAUGGAAAUGGUCCUAAGUCAACUAAUGAUAGUUUUAUAUUUUCAAUAGAUAAAUUAAAUGAUAUGACAAUAGCAUCUAUUGCUCGAAUGAAGGGAUCACAAUCUAUAUAUUGUUCAAACCUAUGUGGACCAAUUUUUGGUUCUUCAACAGAUGGUGAUUUGACUUGUAAAGAUAAUAAUAAUUGGACUGCCAAAAAUUCAAGUAUGUAUUAUGGUCUUGAUUUUCCAGGAUUAUUUAUCGUAGAUGAUUGGGAAGUUUUUAAAGUAGUAAAGAAUGUUUAA